AUGCCAGAAGAAAAGUCUCCUAAAGCUCCAGAUAAAGUUCCAACAAUCGUAGCAUCGUCUAGUGUGAUAGAUGUCAAGUCUUUUAUUCCUGUAUAUGAUGCAUUGGGGAAUCUUAUCAGCUAUAUCGAGAAUUCCAACGCUCAUUCUAAUGGACGCCUUUCCGUGACACCGGCACCGAUGCAGGUUACACAAUCCCAACCAACUGUCAACUCGGUUCCGUCAUCAGCAGCUGUACAAGGUCUAUCUGUGUCAAUCCCUGGAAUAGAAUUUACUACUAGCAAUACUUGGGAUGGUUGGCCUGACGGUGAUCUUGAGCUGGAUUUUACUCAUCAAGAAUAUGCUAAAACUGGCAAUCUUACUUUUCACUGGGCCUUUUCUACCUCUGGUGGACGUCGAAACAGAUCUGUGCAUGCGGAGGUCUGGCAAAAUGGUCACCAAAUUACACGAAAAUGUCUUGGUAUUAUUGUCUGUUUGGAUCCUACCUGCCAAAUGAUUAUCCGACCUCAGGCUCGAAAAACUAGCCGUGAUAUUCAAUGUGCUUUACCAUGCCACUGUGGUUUGGAACGGAAACACGAACUGUGUUCCGUUGAGUCUGUUAUUUCGACUUGGAAGUAUGGGGUUCACUUUUCUAAUCACGGCACUCACACACACCGGCGCCCAACCCACAUUCUUCAUAUUCUUCCAGGACAGCGUCAGCAGUUUGAAGCCAUUGUCGAGAGUCAUCCAAAGUCUGGACCGCUUGCUCUUGUAAUGGGAGUUCCUACUCUUAAUGGCCCAGGAGAGUCUGUUGCUGAUAUAACUCCUGUGCUUCUCAAUGCGGAUCGGGUCGGAAAAGAGCGCCGAAAAUUCAUCAAGGGAUCUCUAUCAAAUACACACGAACAAGCCUUUGCUUCAUUUGCAAAGUUCCAUGAAGACCACGAGGAUUCAUUGUCUAUGACCUUGUUGCUCUCGUUCUCCAUAGCCCUACGGCAAGCCAUUUCAAUCUACGGCAAUCAAAAAACAAUAUAUACGUACGACGGACAGCUCUAUGGUGGACACCCUAAAGUUGAAUCCAAGGCGAAAUUUGCAGGCUUUGUUUCUGGAAAGAAUAUCUCACUUCCUGACGGUUAUGGUGUUAUAUAUGCACUCUAUUGUCUUCGUGGUGGUACUGAAGCACAAGAGCGGUUCUACGACAUUUGA